AUGGAAAAUGAACAAGCAAGUUCAAUAGUCAUUGCAGACAGCUCUGAGGUCUUAACCGAAGUUUGUAAUAUUACAAAAAAUAAACGUGAAAUCAGAUCAAAAAAGUUAUUGGAACGACUUAAGUUGUCUGGAGUGGAUUCUCCCAAAUUUAACAAUGGCACAACUGAAAUAGAUCUCUCGCAACCAUCGGAUCAAAAGGAUUGUUGGCUGCAAGAGAGAUUUCCAGCAUUGACUAAAACUCGUACAAAACCACAAAAUGAAUCGCAUACUGGAGGAAGAAAAGCUUCGAAAGUUGUUAAGAAAUCUUUGAGAAGUAAACUGUUAGCUAGAACAAGAGCAGAGUUAGAGAAGAGAAAGCGCUUAUACAAGGAAGAUAAUCAUGACAUUUUCGCUUCGGACGAGGAAGAAGAAGAGGAAAUAAAAAAAGAGAGGAAGAAAAAGAAAGUUGUCAAACCUGCGACUGAAUCUGAUGAGGAUGCUGACGACGAUUGGGUUGAAGGAAAAUCAGACAAUGACGAAGAAGGAGAGGAUGAUGGUAGUGAGGCAUCCGAUGUCGACGAAGAUGAGGAAGAAGACUCCGAAGAUGAUGAAGAUGAGGUGGAAGAUGAAGAGAAGGAAGUAAAAAUGAGUGAUCAAGCUGUGGGAAACCAAUCCGACUCUAUAGAGCCUGAAGUGGAACUUGACACUGUUAACAGCCAAGAAAAAAGUGGUUCUACAGAGUCUUCUGUAUCUAAUGAAGCGACGUUCCCCAGUACUCUGUCUCAGUGGUUCAACGAUGAAAACGAUCGUGUAGAAGAUGGAUUGGUGGAUUUAGAAAAACGGUCAAAGGCUAUGGCCAAAGUGUCUACUCUCGCGGAAGACGAAUUGUUGAAUCUUUGUUCUGGAAGAUUUGACAGUCAGACUGAUGAGGAUUCUGAUGCACCUGAUUCCGAUAAUGAAACAGAUGAAGAGGAUGAAGUGAUCUUAAAGAAAAAAACAAAAAGAACUGUCUCGCAAGACGAUGAGAGCGUGAAUAUAGCUGGACUAGAAAACGAAAACAAUGAGAACGAAACCAGCUGUGAUUCCACACAAGCCGAAAAGGUUGAGGAAUUGAAGCACGUAAUUCUCGAGUCUGAUGAGGAGUCAGAUAAUGAGGGACCAAAUCAUAGCGGUACUGCUGAAUGCUUGGGAGAGCAAGUUCAGGAUGAAGCAGAUGAAGAGGAAGACUCGGAAGAUUCAGAAGACGAUGAAAAUGAAAAUGAAAAUGAGGAAGGAGGAAACGAAGAAGAUGAUGAGCUAGCUGAGUACAAUCGUUUCCUGAAAGCUGAUUACAAGAAGAAAUUAAAAAAAAAUAACUAUUUUGAUGACGAAGCUUCACUCUCGGGAGAUGACGUAGGCAGUGACUUAGAUGAGGAACUUGAUGGGAACAAUGAAUAUGAGUUGGAGGAAGGUGAUAAUGAUGAUGUCCCUGAUGCUCAAACUAUACAGCUUCAAAAUCAAAAGCAUCUAAUGAAACAAGAACUGCAACAAGAACAUAGAGAAAUAGUGAGACUUCAAGAAAGAUUACUUGCUGAUGGUGAUUUGGGAGGAACCAGAACGAAUAGGUCGUUCCGAAUUAAACUUAGAGAGGAGAUGGAUUCUAUAGAAACAACAACGGAUUUGUCUGCAUCAAAUAUAGAGGAUGAAGUUGAAAACGAUGACGAAAUGAAACUGGGAUCCGAAGCAUUGCGCAUGAAACAAGAGCUGGAACAGACCGUUACAUUAAACGUAUCAGCAGAAAUGACAGAGGAAGAAUGCGCUCUUGAGAAUGCUGGUUUGGUAGCACUUACAGCUUCUGAAUCUUAUGGUUCGAAAAAACUAAUGCCAUCAUUACUCAACAAGGCUUCUUUGGUAGCAAUGUUCAAAGAUUGUUCUAACGUUGCUGUAAAACAGUUAUACACGUCAAGUGUUUCCACAGGUUCAACUACUGUUAGUAAACGAAUAGUAGCAGCAGAGACGGAAUCUGUUGCCAAAAGACGAAAAGAGAAUUUUUUAGAUUGUAUCGACUAA